AUGGUUGAUACAACCAGUAUCAAGAAAGAAGAAAAAAUUGAAGAACAAUCAGAUUCUACUGAAUCAGUAGUUAGUGAAAUUGAACAAUCAUUUUCAUUAAUUUCCAAAACUGCUUCAAGUUUUGAUAAUCGUUAUAUCUCCAAAGCAUUUCGUGAUUUGGGUCCUUUAAGGCGUAAAUUAACCAAACUGAUUUUAAUCACCAUCAUUAAUAAAUUAUAUCCUUCCAAAAUCAAUACUAAUAAGUCAUAUUUAUUUGGUGUGUUAGAUGUGGUUCAAGAUGAUAAUGCUAUGGUGAUUGAUCAUCAAGAAGAAGAUAAUGAAGAUACUCAACCUUCAUCUAUAUUGAUUCCUGAAGUUGAAUUAUAUGUUCAUCUUUUGAUUCAAGUAUUCCUUUUAGAUCAAAAUCAAUUGGAAUCAUUAAACAUUUUAAAUUCAAAUAUUAUUCAAUUAAUGAAAUUAUAUAAUAAACGAUCAUUAGAUUUCAUUCAAGCCAAGAUAUGGUUUUAUAUUGCAAGAACCAAUGAAUUACUUGAAGAUUUAUAUUCAAUUCGUCCUGAAUUAUUAGCAAGUUUAAGAACUGCUACUUUAAGACAUGAUACUGAAACAACUUCAUCAAUUAUUACUUUAUUAUUAAGAAAUUAUUUAUUAACUCAUGAUAUUAAUCAAGCAUCUAAUUUAGUGGAAAAGACAGUAUUCCCAGCUAAUGCUAGUAAUGCUCUUGCUGCAAGAUAUUAUUAUUAUUUAGCCAGAAUUAGUGCUAUUCAAUUAGAUUAUUCAACUGCUCAUGAAUAUGUAAUUGCUGCCAUUAGAAAAGCUCCUCAAACUCAUUUAGCAAAUGGAUUCAUUCAAAGUGCCACUAAAUUAAGCAUAAUCAUUGAAUUAUUAACUGGUGAUAUACCUGAAUUAAAAACCUUUAAAAGAAAUCAAAUUGGAGGGAAUUUUGAACCAUAUUUUUAUGUUACAAGAGCUGUUAAAUUAGGUGAUUUAAAUUUAUUUAGUAAAGUUUUAAAUGAAUAUGAAGCCUUAUUUAAAAAAGAUGAUAAUUUUACUUUAGUUUCAAGAUUACGUCAAAAUGUUAUUAAAACUGGUAUUAGAAUCAUAUCAUUAUCUUAUUCAAAAAUCUCCUUAAAAGAUAUUUGUAUUAAAUUACAUUUAGAUUCCGAAGAAUCAACCGAAUACAUAGUCUCUAAAGCCAUUAGAGAUGGGGUUAUAGAAGCCACUAUCAAUCAUCAAAAGGGAUUCAUGCAAUCUAAAGAAUUAUUAGAUAUUUAUUCAACAAAAUUGCCUCAAACUGAAUUUGAUCAAAGAAUUAAUUUCUGUUUAUCAUUAAGAAAUGAUAGUGUAAAAUCAAUGAGAUAUCCAAGUGAUAAUGAUAAUAAAGCUGAUCUCAAUGGUAAGUCUCUUGACAAGGAUGAAGAGUUUGAUAUAUUGAAAGCCUUAGAAGAUGGUGAUUUAGAUGAUUUUAUGGAUUAA